AUGGACUCCACCACCUUGCAAUCGUCCUGGAACGGCUUCAACGCCUUUGACCCCGACCUCGACAGGGCCAUCUCCUCGCUGCUGCAGGACAGCAAUGAGCCUACUCCCUCCAACGCGCUCCCAUCCUGGUGCACCUCGGCCCCAUUUUCAGACCAGCUCGACGGGCUGCCCUACCACAACGGCGUCAACGGCGAUGCUGCCUUCGACAGCACCCAGCAGGGUACCAACAAGGCGCCCUUCGUCUGGUCCAACAACCCCGACAGCGGCAUGGCCAGUUACCUCACCUCUCAGAUCUUCGGUUCAGGCCCCGGCAUGGCCACACCGACAAACGCCGAGAGCCUAAAGGGAGACAUGGGCGCCCUGCUGGGUCAGCAGUCCCCUCCAGACGCCUCGGCCGGGAACAAGGCGGUCCCCAUCGAAGAGAUCAUGGACCUCGACGACUUUGCCAAGGAUGUCGCGGCGACGCCACAUCUCAGUCCGACCAGCAUGGCGUCCAUGUCUCCGCUCGACGCCAACUUUGACCCUCGGUCCUUUGGCGACAAGCGCGACCCCUUGACGCAGUACCACAGCAGCGUCGCCGCUGGUCACGCCCGGCACUUGUCCGAGCUUGUCGAUCCCGGUCACCUCCUCGGCUCCGGCCACCGCAACGCCAAGACGCUGGCCAGCAGCCUCAGCCACGCCGUCCUCCCACUCGCAUCCCGUCCGCGGCAAAAUACCGUGUCUGGCAUGACGCUCCAGCAGCGCAGGCGGAUGAGCCUCUUGGCACAACGCUCGGUAGCCGACACGACGACGGCGCGGAAGCGACAGAUGAGUGCCCCCGGCUCCUGCUUGCAAGGCAUCAUCACCUCGCCCGAGUUCGAGAAGGUCAAGCUGCAGCAGGGUCCGCUGCCAAGCGCCGUCGCCGCGUCCGUGGCCGACCCACACCCCGAGCCCACGAUCCCCGCCACCCUCGAUGUGCAAGACAGCUGGGAAGACGUGGUCCUGACCAACUCGCACGACCUCGUCUUUGUGCUGUCGCUCAAGGGCACCGUCCUGUACAUUUCUCCGUCGGUCGAGCGCAUCCUCGGCUUCCUCCAAGAGGAGAUUAUCGGCCGGGCCCUGAUUGAUUUCUGCCACCCGGCAGACAUCGGGCCCUUCUCACGAGAGCUCAAGGAGUCCACCACCGUUCCGGCCGGUGAAGAGGACAGCGGCAGCGAGGGCGCCCCGCCCAAGGCCAGCCCAAAGGUCAACCUCAUCAUGCGGAUGAACGUCAAGGGUGGCGGCUACAACCUCAUCGAGGCGACCGGGAGUCUGUCGGUCGACCCGCCCAAGCAUCGCAAGGUGGUCGUGUGCUCCGGACGACCGCAUCCAAUCCCCAUGCUCCCCUGGGAGCACGUUCGCGUCGACCUGCUAGACCCUCGCCCCUCGGCCUGGCUCAAGCUCAGCCACAACGGCAUCUUCCUCGGCUGCACUGGCCCAGUCAGCAGGGUCCUCGGCGUCGAGGACGUCAAUUUGGUCGGCCGCCACAUCCGUGAUCUCCCGAUGGUGGCGAGCUCCACCGAGCUGCUCGAAGCCCUGCGCUGUGGUCGCACCAUCUCGGUCCAGGACUGGAUCGAAGGCGCUCAGGAGCAGCGGUCUGCAGUCAAGCUGACCGUCUACCCGUGGACCUCGAACGGACGCUCCAACAAUGUCGCCUUUGUCCACGUGCAGCAAAGAGAUGCCGCGGACGCGAGUGUCAGCCAGGUCCCCUCGAAGCGCAAGGCGUCGCCGUCCUCGAACGAGGUAGACAACUCGUGCCUCGACAACGACAACGGCGCCGGCGGGCUGACCGGCAGCUUCGCCACGGUCGGCGGCGGCACCACACGCUUCAUGUCGCAGGGCGACGCGGCAUCGACCGUCUUCUCCGAGCUCACCGGCUACCACAAUGGCUCGUGGCUCGUGGAGAUGCAGAAGCUGCAGAACGCCAACAAGCGCCUGCGCAACGAGCUCCAGGCGCUCAACAAGCGAUCCGCCCACCGCAGCUCCCUCGGUGCGCGCAUCAAUGCCUGA